GCUGCUCCCUGUUCUCUCUGCAGUAGGUUUGGAGAGGUGUCCAGCUUGCCUACAUAAAAGUUGAGGAAGUGGGUGUAGUGUGGUACCAUUAUCCAUCCUUUGACAUAAAUUUUGGCUGAAUAUUCUCAGGUUUGAUACUUCUGGAGAUGCAAUGAUAGAAGUACCUUUCAUAGUCAUAGUAUACAUGAAUACCUUUCAGCUGGAUUCUGAGUGACAGAAUUGUGGCAGAAAGGGAUAUAAAAACAGUGACACAUGAGCAGGCCUUGAUUACUGUAAUACAGCAGAACUAUAUUAGGUAAAUAUUGAAUGUUAUCUUGUAAAAAAGAAAAAGAAAGUCCAUUCACCCAACUCUAUGAUCUAUAUUUGAUGGUAUAACAAUGAUGCACAUGUGCUGUACACUCACAGGGACAAGCUUACCCUUUUGUUUUGUUAACAGGACUAAUUGCUGAAUUUAAACAUUUUGGAAUGUUAAAUCUGAAAUGGCACUUGCCAGUAAUGCAGCUCAACUGAUAACAAAACUGUGAGCUCAAAAUGUUAUGACGGGUGGCGGUGAGGACCUAAAAAGACCACAGUUAAGUUUAAGAACUCCUCUCUGGAAGCGUUUAUUAGGGGGAUACACAAAAGCUGGAGCUGGUGAUCAAAACCCCCAGACAGGCAGAACAGUGCCCCUUAGACCAAAACCCCCAGACAGGCAGAACAGUGCCCCUUAGACCAAAACCCCCAGACAGGCAGAACAGUGCCCCUUAGACCAAAACCCACAGACAGGCAGAACAGUGCCCCUUAGACCAAAACCCCCAGACAGACAGAACAGUGCCCCUUAGACCAAAACCCACAGACAGGCAGAACAGUGCCCCUUAGACCAAAACCCCCAGACAGACAGAACAGUGCCCCUUAGACCAAAACCCACAGACAGGCAGAACAGUACCCCUUAGACAGUGGCACAGAAUCCACUGGGCGAAGAAACCCUCACGGCAGGCAGGUGGAGGAGUUGGAGGAGUUCAGACUGGAACAAAGCAGCAAGGUAGGACAGGGAGGAGAGCAGGGAGGAGAGCAGGGAGGGAGCAGGCAGGGAGGAGAGCAGGCAGGGAGGAGAGCAGGCAGGGAGGAGAGCAGGCAGGGAGGAGAGCAGGCAGGGGACAGGGCUAGGUGUGAAAACUGGAUUGUCCAAAAGGACUGUCAAAUAACAGACGGUUCUCACAUAGAGAAAGAACUUGAACAGUCUGGCAACAAAGGGAGUAUAAAUUGAGAUUAAAUAGUGACAAGGGCAGGUGUAGGAAAUCUAACCAAUGAUUAACUAAGUGGGAGUGAAUGAUUUACAUGUGCCAGUACUAAAUUGAAUGAUUGAUGAGGUGUGAGGAAUGUGGUGAGAACUGUGGGGCAAAUGAAUUCAGUGCUAAUGGAGUAAUGAGGUGUUAAAAAGCAGGUGAAACUGAUCAGGAAGUGAGGCGGGGUAACUGUGAAGCGAUUGGAGUGACUGUGUGGGAUGGAAAACCAGGACCGGACAUGGAACACGAACUGCAUACAACCUACAACACAAAAAAUAAAAAAUAAAAGACACAAGGGGAACCGGGGAAACAUAUAAACAAAAGGACGGGGAUCCAGGAACAGGCAGGCAUAACAGUGAAUACAAUAUGGAGUAAACCCAGGCAAGCUUGAAUUUAAUGUCAAUUCAGCAUCAGCAUCUGUAACAGCUUUGACAGGCUGAGGAAAAGGAAAAUCACCUGAGAGCUUUUUGCAGAUUCAUUCUGGGGUCUCAAGCCUAAGUCAAGUGAAACAGGUCUGGAUGAAACUUGAACCGGCAGUGUGCCUGGGGUUACUUCUGGUUCACAGCUGCCAUCUUCCCACCUAACCCUAACCCUUAAGAUGUGGGGCAGCCGUCUGUUCCUGGCCCAGCUCCUGUGUGCACUGCUCCCCCUGCUGGCCACAGGAUGUCCCUCCCACUGUGUGUGUGACAGGGGUGAGGUCACCUGCAGCGGACGCCUGCUAACCAGCAGUGACCUGCCCUCCGCCUUCCCCCCUGACUCCACCCACAUCCAUCUCCACGACAACCGGCUCACCUCCCUCCCGGGGGGGCUGCUGGACGGGCUGGCUCACCUGCGCUCCGUCUCUCUCCAUGGCAACCCCUGGGCGUGCGACUGCGCCGUUCUGUACCUGCGCGGAUGGCUGCUGAAGCAGCACCAGAGCGCCCUCUACCGCAACCUCACCUGCAGUUCCCCUCCGCGCCUGCGGGGGCGGCUGCUCAUGUAUCUGGGGGAGGAGGAGGUGCUGGACUCCUGCCAGUACUGGUCAUGUGACCUGGCCCUGGCCUCUCAGGUGGCUCUCUUCGUCUUCAUCAUACUGCAGGCCGUCCUGCUGGCCUUCCUCCUCUUCUUCCUCCGGCGGUAUGAGCGGCUGUCCCGUGAGGCCCGGCGUGCACUGGAGGAGAGCUCCAUGGGUGGGGAGGACUGUGUGAAGGGCCGGUCUGACUGAAGCCCUGUGAGGCUCUGUGAGGGGCCCCAUCCUCACCUCCCACACCCCACCUCCCCAUCCCCA